AUGGGAACGAAAUUGGCCAUGUCACACUGUUUGUUAAUCUUUAUAAUUCAACUAAUGUCACUGGCUGCCGGUGCCCAACUUGAUGUGUUCGCUCUUCCACAAGCUCCCCGACAUGCAGCUAAACCAACAGUACCACCUGAAUAUAGAAAAUAUUUCGAGCUUGAAGAUCAUGCUCGCGGUCUUGUAGAAAGUGUUAUUGGCCCGAGACCUGGUGGCUUUUUUCCACCAAAAAGUUACGAGAUUGGACGUCCAGCACGUGUCAUCGACUCCGAUUUUAAUAAUAAUAAUAAUAAUAAUAACAAUAACAACAAUAAUAAGGACAGUAAUGCUGCACUGAAUGAAGUUGAACAUUCGCUGGAGCAGUUUCUGAGUGCAUCGUCAGGAUUUUCUGAACAGUUACCACCUGGUUUCAACCAAGGUUUUUCCGUUGCUAAUGAUGGAAAUCCAGUUGCAUCGUUUUCAAAUGUUCGCAAAAAUCCUAGAGCCAAAUCAAAGAACUGGAAGGAUGACGAAGUUGAAGGUUCUGGUGAUACUAUAUUACAUUCAUCACCAUCAUCAUCAAUCCGUGGUAUACCCAAUGUUUAUCCUGAUUUAGCCAAACCACCCGUUGAAAUGAUACGUCCUCAUUUACGUCGAAUAAGCGCAGAGCAGGUACCAAUAAUACCGAGAAUUGAAUCACGACCUGAUGUUCCUGAUGGGGGUUUUGGACCAAAUGGGAGUGGAAUUCGUCGUGCGCCAUCUUUGAUGAAAGGAAGCAGUGAUGAAGAAGAUGAAAGUGACAAAAUUCUUAAGCACAGUGCACUCGCUGAUGAUGCUCCGUCAUCAGGUGGAUUAAUUGGUACAAUAAUUAAUUUAAUCGGUUUGAACAGCAAAAAAGGAAAAUUUCAACCUGAUACACGUAGUUUAACAAAAGCAGUUGGUAACUUAAUUGGAAGUGAAAAUAGUCCUAUUCCGGCCAAAAAUGUAAUUUCCGACGUUCUUUACAAAGCACUUACUAGUGAAUCCAUUCAGAUUAAUGGGAGUGAUGAAAGUUCUGGAAGCAAAUUAUCAUCAUUAACAUUUACUCCGGCUCAAAGAGCUGCAAUUGGUGAAAAUUUGGAAAUGAUUCAAAACUUGAUAACUCAGCCUUCAUCACCACUCUGUAAUCCAAAGCCAGUACCUGUUGAAGAAUUCGAUGUGGAUGCAUUUAUGGGUCAGUGGUACCAGGUAAUGUACAGUCCAUUACUUGCAACUGGUCCUUGCAGUAUGGUAGCUUACAAAAAGUUAGCAGAUAUAAAUGAUGGAGGUGUUGGAACGAUUUUUGAAGUAUUCGAGUACACAACCGAUGGCACACCUUAUGUUAAGCCUCGCAUCAGCUCCGGUUAUGCAAUUGUUAAACAUGCAGGAGAAUUAAUUUAUCGCACAACCAGUUAUCAGGAUGAUGUGAAUGUGCAUAUCCUUCAUGUUGGUCCAGUAAAUGAAGCCGGAGAGUAUAGCUUUACAAUACUUUCAACAAACUGCAACUACCCAUUAUACGUAUUUGCACGUGAUCCUGUAAUGUACAAACAGCGGCAUGAAGCAUUGGUAAAUCAAAUUUUGGAGCACAAAGGUUUGAUCAACGGAUUUUCUCGCUUGUUGAACAUUGUAGCACCAGUAGAUAAUUCAGUGUGCACAUUCCCACCAAGUUUGUUCAAUGUUCACGGAUAA